AUGCCGCUUGCCUGCCGGGACCCAGCCUUUUUUUCUGCCAUCCAUCAUCUCCUCCGUCUCCCGGCAGAUCGCCGAGUCGCCCCGUUACGUCCGUCCACCUCCGGCCCGAUAUCGACUACGACAGCUUCUGAAUCCCAUCCAACGACUUUUUAUAUCCCAAAGAAACUGAAUCUCAGCUCACAAAUGGCUAAGAAACGCGGCCGCCUCCAAGAGGCCCUCAAAUCAGCCAUCUCCCAGCAAAAACAAAAACCAUCUCAACCUCAAGGUCCCCCCUCCAAGAAACAGAAAACCUCCCAAAAUCGCCCCCAACAACAACAAUCCAAUAAACCCAAGAAAAAACACCAUCAACCCUCCCAAUCCGCCCCCAUCAUCCCCUUUACCCCAACCGACACCAUCCUCCUCCUAGGCGAAGCCGACCUCUCCUUCUCCGCCUCCCUAUCCUCCCACCACAAAUGCACCGCCCUAACCUCCACCGUCUUCGAACCCUCCCUCCCCGCCCUCCAAGAAAAAUACCCCCACGUCGACAAAAACAUCUCCCUCCUCCUAUCCCCCCCAAACGCCCACCCAAACUCCCCACCAAACAACAACAAACUCCUCUACAACAUCGACGCCACCAAACUCUCCCUCAAAUCCCAAUCCUUCUCCCGCAUAAUCUUCAACUUUCCCCACAUCGGCGGCAAGUCAAAAGAUGUCAACCGACAAGUGAGAGCGAAUCAGGAGAUGAUGGUUGGUUUUUUCCGCCGGGCUCUACUUCAUUUGGCGCCAAGGGGAAAGAUUAUCGUCACGUUGUUUGAGGGGGAGCCGUAUACCUUGUGGAAUAUCCGUGACCUGGCGCGACAUGCCGGGUUGGAGGUGGAGAGGAGUUUCAGGUUUCAGGCGGGGGCGUACCCGGGUUAUGCGCAUGCUAGGACGUUGGGGGUGGUGAGGAACAAGAAGACGGGGGAGGUGAGCGAGAGGGCUUGGAAGGGGGAGAGGAGGGAGAGCAGGAGUUUUGUUUUUGUGAGGAAGGGGGAGGGGGAGAAAGCUGGACCAGGGCAGGGGAAGAAUAGGAAGCAGGAGGGGGAGAAGCCUGGACAAGGGCAGGGGAAGAAAAGGAAGCAGGAGGAGGAGGAGAGUGAGGAAGAGGAGGAGGAGGAGGAGUUUGAGGGGUGGGGGGAAAGCGGUGAGGAGGAGGUGGAGGAGGAGGAGGAUGUUGAUGAGGAGGAUGAAGGGUCGUCCGGUGAUGAAGUCGAUGGUGAUGAAAAAGAAGAUGGAGAUGAAGCCAGUGAUGAUGAGACAGCACCAAAAGAAACCCAGGGUUAA